AUGACUUCACAGCCAAAUCUCUCCACCAAAUCCACAAGCAGACCUACAAUCUUGUAUGAUCUCUCAAGAGUGCGGGAAACUCAUAUUCAAAUUACCGCCAAGGAAGCAAGCGCGCUCCGUCGGACCCAACUCCUCCGCGGCACGCACACUCUCUCGCCGCCACCUUCUGGAAACUUCCCAAAAGUGGCGCGAAAACCACCGCACACAAACGAAGCGGCGCUCGCUUCUCAGUCGUUCCCAAAAGGACACUCAACGGAUGGUCGACUCCUUCUGUCGUCUCCCACAACAACAACUCGUCGUCCGGACAACCAACAACAUGUCAACGACACCAACAACUACCAGCACGAGCACUUCGCUCCCUACCUUAGAGUAGCACCUCCUUGCCGUAUAAGGAGUGAGCAUUCUUUGGCUAUGGGUGAGAAGGGAAAGCUCUCGGACAAGCUCAACUACCAGCCAAGCCGAUCGCCAACUCACUCAUUCACAUGUCAAAGAUCUCUAAUAAAGAUGUAA